AUGUUGGUUCACCACGACCUUUUCCGCUUCAUUCUACACGUCAAUUCGUACGAGGGAUCCAUCAAGGGUCUGUCGCUGAAGAAGCACCUGGGUCGGAAGCAGAAGCAGAACCGGCCGAUCCCCCCGUGGAUCCGCAUGCGGACUGGCUCAAAGAUCAGGUACAAUGCCAAGCGCAGACAUUGGCGCCGAACCAAGUUGGGCAUGUAA